UUUUUUUUUUUUUUUCAUCGGCUACACAAGUCGUAUUAUUGGACUUUUUCUUACUAGUAAAUAGUAACUAACCACCGAUUCGAGAUAACUUGAGAAAUACUAAAACCCACAUAUAAUCCCAAAAUGCAAAGACGAGAUCAAGAGAAGUUAGGAGGAAGAAGAAGAAGAAGAAGAAGAAACCUUAGAUCUAAGAUCCCUUUAGCAAGUUUUAAGACAAGAAAAAAAAAAUCACUUAAGCUAAUCCUAGAUUUUAAAGAUGGUAGAUGAUCAUCAGGCUGAUAUUCCGAACAGUGAGAUGGUGCCAUCGUCUCAUGCAAAGUGUUCAUCGAUCCUACGUGUGGCCCAUCACUGCCGUCGCACCUAUCCUCGGAUUGCUUACAUAUGUGUUCAUGGUGCGCUUGAGGAGUCAAAAAGGAUUAACCCUUUAUUACUUGAUCGUGGUGUUCCACAGUUUAGGUUUUCCCUUAACUGUUGGAUCCAAAGGAAUGAUGAAACAGGUGAACAAGGACAAAUUCUGCCUAAUACCGAUGUACCUUAUUUGCAAAAUUUCUGUCUAGACUAUUACGAGAAAACCAUCGUAGCCUUGAUCACGCCAUUGGCAUCAAAUAUUUCUUGCAUCUUCUUCUACUACAUUCAUUUUUUGCAAUCCAUUCAUUAUUCUCUUAUCUCUUUUCUUUUCAAUAGACACACUAGAAAAUCACUGAAAACCAAGUUUGUCUUUUUUUUUUUUUUUAUAAUGUAUUUCACUAUCCUUAUUGCAAUAGCAAUUGAUUCAACUUCAAGCGCAUCCACCUCUCUCCCUAAUGAUAACCAAGCUUCCGCAAUUUUCAAUGUCAGAGCCGUCAGUGAUCAACUUAUAUAUGCAUGUAAAACUGCUUGUGUUCUCUUCAAAGUCUUGGAGCUUCUUUCGAAAGAAGCACAACAUCCUCCUGAGAUUUUGGAAGCUUACACUGAGAUCAAACAACUAGUCAAAAUCUUUAGGCCUUACAACUUUAUCCCCUACUUUGAUUAUAAUGAAAAUCAUCCUAUAAGGAGACUACCUGAGUUGCGAGCUGCUAUAAAUGCACUUAAUUACCAACCGUGGUCGGCAGCAAGUAAUAAAAUAAACGUGAUGAAGACAUAGACUCAGGGUUGUUAAAACGGGUUAAUAACCCCUGCCCAGCUCGAGCCCUCGAAAGACCUGCCUGCCAAGAGUUCGAAAUCGCGGGACUAGAAAUUAAGACUGCGGAUAAGCCUGAUGCUCAUCAGGUCAGCAGCCUACGAAUAUCCGAAUUAUUAAUAUUUAUUCUUACAGUAAGCUUUCUAAUUUUCUUAGUAUUUUUUGUAAUAUUUAUUCUAAAAUUAGCUGAUGAACUUAAUAAUCAAAACAAUGUUAUUUGACUAUGUAAACACUGUGGUCUGUUUGAUUUGUUUAUACAAAUGAUUUCACAAGACAACAUUCUUUGUUUUCUCAAACCUAAAUUAUAUUUCUUACCUAGCUCCAUCUCAAAUAAUUAA